ACACCUUUUAUUUACCAUUCAUGCAAUCCUGAUCUCCUUCUCGCGAAAGCCCUUGGGUACCUUGUACUAACCACGAUCCCCCAGAUCUACGAUGCCCGCACGAACAGAAGAUGACUGGUCAGAUUCGGAUGACGAACUUUCCCCCGAAGUCGAGACGUCCGUCCUCCUCGGCGUCCCCGAUGGUCCCAUAGAUUCGUCGGCAGACAUAGCCGACGCUGCCGUCUCGCGCAUUGGCGGCCGCCCUGCAUUUCUCCCAUCGACCGAGCCCCCGCUCGCCGCUUCAGAGUGCAAGAUCUGCCAUCGCCCCGUCGAGCUCAUCGUCCAGCUCUGGUGCCCGCUUGAGGACAGCCCGAUGGAUCGCGCCCUCUACGUCUGGGCAUGUGCGCGGGCGGGCUGCCAGGCGAAGGAGGGCAGCGUGCGCGCGUACCGCGGCUUGAGAUACAAUGCGCCCUACGCCGAAAAGCUCGCGCUGAAGGCGGAGAAGAAAAAGGCGAAGGUAGCUGCGAAGCCCGCCGCACCUGCAGCCAAUCCCUUUGCAAUGGGCGGCAACACUGCUGCACCGAAUCCUUUCGGACUCGGAGCGCAGAUCUUUGGCGCGCCAGUAGCGAAGGAGGAGAACGACGACGACGACGACGCGUCCGACGCUGAGUCUGACACCGAAUCGGAGCACUCACUCGUUGUUGCACUCGCCUCCUCCAGUCUCGAAGACUCGCUUUGGCAAAAGGCACCCGCCUACCCUCCCCUAUACCUUUCCACCGCCGCCGAAUACGUCCCGCCAGAGCCCAAGGUCAAGCCGCGGCUGCCAGACCCGGACGCGGUGGGCGGCGACCUGGGCGAGUUCAAGGGCUUGGAGAAGUACGAGAACUCGCUCGACGUGGACCCCGUCUUUGAGCGCUUCGUGCGGCGCGUGGGCUUCGAGGGCGAGCAGUGCAUCCGGUACGAGCUAGGCGGUACACCACUCCCAUUCGCCUCGGACGCCGUCUACGACCAGCUCUUCCCCAAACCAAAAGAGACCUCCAUCACCGUCACCAAGGCCGACUUCAAGGUCACGCCCCCUGUGAAGCGGUCCUUCGAGCCCUCAAGCGUGCCCGCGUGCGCUCACUGCGGCGGCCCGCGCGUCUUCGAGUGCCAGUUGAUGCCGAACCUCAUCAACAUCCUGAGAGAAGGGCAGAAGGAGAGCGCGAAGGACGCGAAGGACGCCGAGGCGCGGCGGAAGGAGAUUGAACAGACGCUCAAGGGAGGCAAGGACCCCAACGCGCGGGGGAUGGACUGGGGGACAUGUAUGGUGUUCUCGUGCGAGAGGGAUUGUUGUUUGGGGGAGGACGGGAAGGAGGCGAAGGACUGCUUCAGGGAGGAGUUGGUCUUGAUUCAGGCGGACGCGUGAAGCGGAGUCGACCCAUGUAGCCUUGUUCAUCUAUAGCAUAUGUAUCACAUACACUGUAUUGAUUGCAUCGCAGAACACGACUGGUCCUGCAUGAUACCGAGUCUUGAAGGCGUUGUAUGUCCUAUAUGGAGUCAAUGGUUCGCUCACGCAUGUGUUAUGCUUUGCUCCAUACAUUGCAGUGCUAUCCCCCGAAAGAACGGCCGGUACUACAGCAGUCUUCAGUCGUCCUGUAGAGGAACAAGCAAACCCUCAGCGAUCCACAUCGCCUUGAGCUCUGCCAGAACUUCGUCUGUCGCAUCCUCCCAUGGCUUCCCGGAUUCAGCCUCUCGCUCCCGCUCGAAAGCCUCUUCAUCCACGACAUCGAACCGGUCGCCCGCCCAGACCCCGCGAUGCAGAGGCCCAUCGUACGGCGUGCCGGUGGAGGGGUAGGAAGACCAGCAGAUUCGAGCGAGCGCGGCAUUCCCCAAACAGGGUAGCUGGGUACGACCCUUGAUCUCGUA